AUGGUCGAUAUCUUGCGUUUUGUCGAGUUGAUUCCGCCGCAGCAAUCUCUUCAAUCAACGUCAGAAGUGGACGUCCCACAAUUCAAUGCUGAGGAUAGCAUGAUGGAUGUUGACUUUGAUGGUGCCCAUUUCGAGGACGAGGGAGAAUUGUUAUCAGAGGUGGAGGUGUAUGAGGGCACAGGGACUUGUUAUGCUCAGGAUGGUGUGACCUUUCUGGAUCUGUUUGACGCUGAUGAGUAUGCAGAAUGCAGGAAGGAAAACCUCUUCUACCCUUUUGCAUCAAAGGAAGAGUGGGAGGUCGCCGAUUUUCUCCUGCAUUCUCCCCUCAGUAUGGCAGCAAUUAACCAGUUUCUGGAACUCCCUAUGAUCCAUCGGUUGAAAUUGUCAUUCUGCAAUGCUAAAGAAUUACGAAGCCGUGCUGAAAUGCUGCCAAAAGGACCAAGCUGGAAGUGCCAAACUAUCCCUUCACUCAAUCACACAAAAGGCCCUAUCCGACUAUUUUGGAGGGACCCGGUGGAAUGUUUGGAGAGUCUCUUCAGUAACCCCCUUUUCCACGACCAGCUCGAUUUUGUCCCUCGCUGUGUUUAUAUGACAUCAGCACGGCUUCUUCGUGUAUACUCAGAGUGGUUGACAGGCGACUCUGCUUGGGAGAUCCAGGACCAGCUUCCAAGAGGUGCGACAGUCCUAGGCACUGUACUUUCUUCAGACAAAACAAAUAUCACCAAUAUGACUGGUGCCAGGGUCGCUCAUCCACUCCUUUUAUGCCUUGCUAACAUUCACAUGAACACUCGCACCAAGCUCUCAUCCAGAGCUUUUCUUCUUAUGGCCCUCCUCCCUAUCCCGCAGUAUUUGCAUUCAAAUCCAUGGAUGCGGGGCAUGCUAGAAGAUCUCCUCAUGCAUGAAUGUCUUUCCAUAGUUUUGAAGCCCCUAAUGAAAGCUGCUGAAAUCAGAAUCAUGAUGUCCGACCCAGUAGGCAAUGUGUGCCACUGUUUUAUGCCUCUUGCAAGCAUAUAUUGUCGAUACCCCGGAGGCAUGUAUGCUUGCAUGCGUGCGCAGGAAAACUUCGCUGUUUACCCUUGGCAUCAUAUCUGGAGUUUGGGGACGCUUUUCAUCAUCCCGAGCGCACGCGCUCCAUCACCUUGA